CUGUGUGUUGUCCAAAGAGGGAGUCAAGUUUCUUAAAUGCUCGCUUUAACUCGCGUACACAACAUAACCAAACUGCACUUGGAGUAGAGAAGAGGAUAGCCUGUCUUACGUGCUUAUUUUUUGCCGUAGCAGCGUGUUGAGAAGUGCUGCUAGGUCACUUCGCUGCAUUUUUUUUUUUUACCUUCAACUUUUUGGUUCCAUGUUCACGGGAAAGCUUUCUACUUUUGCGCAUCUGGAUAAAACGCAAAUCUCAUAAUUAGCAUAUUUUGUGUAACGGAGAGAAACUGCAAACAUGUUGUGGAAAUUAGCGGACAACGUGAAAUACGAGGAUGACUGCGAGGAUAGGCAUGACAGCAGCAAUGGGAAUCCCCGGCUGCCUCACCUGCCAGCGGUCAGCCAGCACCUCUACAGCCCGUCUCCCUCGCUCUCACACUCGGCAGCCUCGGACUUCCAACCGCCCUACUUCCCCCCUCCGUACCAGCCCAUCUCCUACCCGCAAUCCGGCGACCCUUACUCCCACCUCGGCGACCCUUUCAACAUCAACUCCCUGCACCAGUCCCAGUCUUCGAACCAACAGCAGCCGUGGUCCGGAAGGCAGGGACAGGACGGGCUCGGUUCGCAUGGGAGAAGCGGGCUUGCGAGCCAGAUCCUCGGCCUGGAGGGAGGCUCGUCCGGCGUCAGGAGGGGCGAAGGCUUCAGGCGGCCCGAGCUGCUGGGGACGCACGGGCACAGCAUUGACUCGUCGGUAAUCGGUGAUAACAUGGGAAUGCACGAUAUGGGACACGGACUUGACGACGUUCAGCACGUUGAGGACCACAGUAUUAUUAUGGCCGAUCAGACAGUCAUCAAAAAAGGACCUGUGUCGCUGCCCAAAGGAAACGCAGUAGGCCUCCCCUUCCAGAAAGAGUCCCUGUUGGGAAUGGUGUCCAACCCCACAGAGGUUUUCUGCUCUGUGCCCGGGCGCCUGUCUCUGCUCAGCUCCACCUCCAAAUACAAAGUGACUGUGGCCGAGGUCCAGAGACGCCUGUUACCCCCAGAGUGCCUGAACGCAUCUCUGCUCGGAGGAGUUUUACGCAGGGCCAAGUCGAAAAAUGGUGGCCGGUCGCUGAGAGAAAAACUGGAUAAAAUCGGGCUCAAUCUUCCUGCAGGCCGAAGGAAAGCAGCCAACGUAACUCUGCUCACCUCUCUAGUCGAAGGUGAAGCGGUUCAUUUAGCCAGAGAUUUUGGUUACGUUUGUGAGACAGAGUUCCCGGCCAAAGCUAUCGCGGAGUACCUGGGCCGGCCGCACGUGGAUCGCAGCGAAGUCAACUCCCGAAAAAACAUGCUCCUAGCUGCCAAGCAAAUCUGCAAAGAGUUCACCGACCUCCUCACCCAGGACCGCUCACCCUUGGGUAACUCCCGCCCAGCACCCAUCCUGGAGCCGGGCAUCCAGGGCUGCCUCACCCACUUCAGCCUCAUCACCCACGGAUUCGGUGCCCCCGCCAUCUGCGCCGCCAUGACCUCUCUUCAAAACUACCUGAACGAAGCCCUCAAACAAGCAGACAAGAUGUACCUGAGCGAUAACCAGGGUUCUUCGGAUAGUGGCAACAAAGCAUCCGACAAAAUGGACAAACACCGGAAAUAAGAACUUUUAUGUGAAUUUUUUGGACUUUUUUGGAAUAUUUUGUAUUGUGCUAUUGAGAGAUGGGUGUAUAUGUGAUCUGAGAAUUCCUAAGCGAAGUUGGAUGCACUGCUGUCACAAAUAUGAACUUCUACCAUAGGACUUGUACAUUGUCGACAAAGACAACUUUUUUUUUCAUAUACGAACAUUUCAAGGCAAAACCGUGGCUGUGAAUCUACCUUCCCCUCCCGCUGCUGUCUGGAGGCAAAUCCGCUGAUUUCCUGUGUCUCAUUGGACAGUAAUUUUACCAGGAAAAGAGAGAGUAGACCAAACUUUUCAUUCUUUUUGUGUGUUUGUACGACCUCCUCCAAAUGGCUGCAGUGUUAUUGUACAUUGUUCAUUCAAAACUUAUGUCGGAACGUCUUUACAAUGACUCCAGUAUUCAGUGUUCUUAAAGUUGUUGUUACAAGCAGUGGAGAUACAAAACCACUGCUAUUUCGUAUAUUUAAAAUCCUGAGUUGUCAUUACCCAAGUCCUGCCAUCUGUAUGCUUGUAUGUAUGUGUGUGAAUGCUCAAUUGUACAUAUUUCAUUCUUUGCAAAUGUUUUAAAUUAGACAUUAAAUUUCCAACAUAGAAAUCUAUCCAGUAUUGCUUCUGGGUGUAAAUAUUUUCUAAUUUAUGUUGUAAUUUAAUCGGUUUAUGUAAAUAAUAUUAAUGGUGUUUUUAUUAUUACAGCAACAACGAUGUUUUUUUUUUUAAAAGCGCAUAGCAUUUUUUUAUUAUUAGUCAUACAAGUUAGGAAGCGGGCCUGAAUUUUGGAAUUAUGUAAAAAAAAAAAAAAAAAUCUUAGGAAAAAAAAUAAAAUAAAUGACCCUUAUGGCUUACGG